GGGCAGUGAAAAACCGUUUCCGCCUUUCUUGAAGAAAAGGAGUUCAGCUCCAGUAACUUUCCGCAAAGCAAUCAAUGGCACGUGUUAAAUCUGAAGGCAGGCGUCUGGAGGAGAGCGUCUUUCUGAUUCCUUUAGUGGGCGGAGUCAAAAGUUUUAUCCCCAACACAACUACAACUCACCCCCCAAAAAACAACAAAAAAAGCCCUCCUCUUUUGCUCGGUGCCCCCGCGGAAGCUGCGGAUGUAGCCGGGCUGCGCGCGCUUGCUGUUGGAGAAGACUCGGUUAACAACUUCGGAGCUUUCUGCGACUUUUCACGAACGGGAAUUCCCGGUGACGCCUUGUAGGCGCCGAAGGGGUGGAGAGUUAAGAAGCUAACCCGUCACAAGACUUCAUCCCGCCGGGUUAAAGAAGAGCAGGGCCGUGAUCGCGGCGCCCAUUGAAAUGGCGGUGGCGACGUGCUUGGCCGUCUUGGCGUUGCUGUCGAAGGUUGAAUCUCCAUCACUGCGAAACUCCUGUGAUCCUAAAGAAUUCCCAUAUUCUGGGAUUUGUUGCAAACUUUGUCCGGCCGGUACCCAUGUUGAAGAAUACUGCAGUUCUCCACAUACACAGGGAAUAUGUAAACACUGCACAGAUGGAGAAAACUAUACUGAAUAUGACAAUGGUCUACUUAAGUGUUUACCGUGUGAAGAAUGCAAACCUGGUUACAGAAUAAUAACACCUUGCACCAGGAAGAAGAACACUGAAUGUCAGUGCAAUGAUGGCUAUUUCUGUCCUCAAGGCUGUGAGGAAUGUAUGAAAUGCAAGAAGCGGUGUCCUGAAGGACAGGUGAUUGUGGAACCCUGCAAUGCUACAACAGACAUGAAAUGCGGACUACCACAUGCAGGAGCUUCAGAUUCCUCAUUUACAUGGAUGUACAUCGUUAUUGGUGUUUUAUUUGGAAUUGUGCUCUUCGUUGGGACUUUAUAUAUAUGGAGAAAAUGCAAGCCUCUAAGGAAGAAAGCCUCCCUAGAAAAAGAAGAAUCCACAGACCAUUUGAUACCUGGUAACGAGAAUGUAAACUCUGCAACUGAAGCUCCUGCUGCUUCUGAGGACAGACUGUCUGAAGCUGCUGAGAGAGAGAAUUUAGAGAUGGGCAAUAGAGAACAAGACUCUGUCCUUCCAGAUAGGCCAUCUGUUUCAUCGUUACGUGAGGUUGCUUGUUCGAAUGGGCAGUCCAGUGGAAGAAAUGAUGUACGGAGAUCUAACAAACCUGCAGUAAGGAUUAAAGAUUCUCCCGUGAAAACAUUGGAAGAUACUUAUUUUCAAAUAAAGGACAUGUUGGGAUCAAAUUACUGGAAACAACUUAUGAGGAAAUGUGGCUUAUUAGACAAUGACAUACAGAACAUUAUCCAUGAUAAUGCUCAAAAUGUUGAUGAGCAGCAUUAUCAGCUGUUAAAAACUUUGCGAGACAGGAAUGGAGUUGUUGCUGCUUUUCAGAAAAUAUUUGCAGGCCUGGAAGAAAUGAACCUUAAUGGUAUUUAUGAAAAUCUAUUAAAUGAACUAAAAAGCAAAGAUUUAGUAAUAAUGGAGGCUGAAGCCUAAAGUUUUCCUUUAUUUUUGACUACACAAAAACUGGACAGAGAAUAGUCUGGCUUUUUAUGCAUCAAUUUAUUUUAGUGCAUGUUGCCUUGGCUGAGGAUGUCUAAACUGACAACACAGUUGUUAAAAGAAAUAUGGAUCCCACUUGGGAAAUGAAAUGCUGCAUCUCUCUGCGGGUAAAUUUUGCAAUAUACAAAAUUUACAAUGAAUAAUGCAACAACUUGGUCAGUGUUUGGAAAUUGUAUGGUUCUGUACUGUCCUCUAUAAAAAUGCUAUUGUGACCAAAAUUCAGUGUAAUUUAUAUUACGUGAAUUGCUAACAUAUAGCAGGCUGAAAAUGGACAUAAUAGUUUUCUACGGAGUUAGAAUCAUGUGACUUGUUGGACAAGGAGAAUUUGAGUAUGUAAGACUUCCAUCCGAAAAUAUAACCCAGUGGAAUCUGGCUGGAACUUUGUAUUUGCUUCCAUAUCAUGAAAUGAUUGAUGGAUUGUAAUACUUCCUUUGUGAUCUUAUAUACAAAGAGAUACUGAAUGUGUGCAAUGUCUCUGACUUUUUUAUCUUUUGUACAUAUUUUCUAAUAAAAAAAAUAAGUUCUGA